GUCAAUCAACAAGUCAACGGGGGGAGAGGUCAGUUUCGCUAGCAAAGCAGGCUGCCCACUGGACCUGCAAGUCAAACAAAAGUUGCUCCGUAAAUUGUAGUCCCGCUGUGAUUUGUUGAAACGACGACAUGAGUUCUUCUUCCACUCCGACGAUUGGGGAGUUGUUCCUGAUCCUCGGUGAGAUGGGUUUCACGGAGGAUCAGAUCCAGGCCGCUGUGCAGGCGGGGCAUUUUUCUGUGUCAGAUGCAGCAGAGUGGCUCUUACAGGGUCAGUAUCCGCGGCACAGGUUGGUCAAGCAGACGUCACAGCCAGCUGACACAGCAUUUUCUGCUUUCAACCUGCCCAAAGAAGCGGCGAGCACCUCUGAGACACCCACAUCUCCUUCUGACAGCAGAGAACCUCUGCCAGUGGAGUCCCGCAUCAAACAGGACAAGAGUGACUUUGAAGAACAGCAGAGGCAUCGUGUCGCUCAGGAGGCCAGAGCAGAGAGAAGGCAAAAGAAACAGGAGCGGGAGUUGGUGUUAAAGCGGAUAGCUGAGGAUCGGAGGAGCCUGCAGCAGAAACUCGAUACCAGCGCUGCCGCAGAGACUUCUCCUCCCAGCGGUCAAGGGCAGAAGCUUGGAGGAGCAGUGCAGACUAAUGUGGACAACAACUGCGUCCUAAUGAUUCGGCUACCAUCCGGGGAGUCCAUGCGUGAACGCUUCCCAGCUGAUGCUCCCCUUCGCAGCGUUGUGGAGCACAUCACCGGGCGUCACCCCACCCUCCCCACCUUUUCUCUCCUCCAGGGUUUCCCACGGAAACGCUUUGGGGAGGCAGAGCUGGCAUGUUCAUUGCGCUCUCUUGGCCUCACACCCAACGCUGCACUUUGCAUUCAGACCACUCCUCCAGAGACACCCCAGGAUGCACAAAGUCCUGCAGAGCCUCCAGCAGUGGCACAGAUCGAACCACCUCCGUGCGUUGUGACCCCUCAGCCACAGGUCCCCGUCAUGGAGGGGCCUGAAAGGCCGGACUUUGUUCCGCCUCCUCCAUUACCAAACCAGCUGUGGGAGGAGGCAGUGAACUAUGCAGGGAUACCUGGAGUCGGUCCAUCUCUGUCUGGGCCAUCUCACAUCUGGGGGCGAGGCCAGAGGUUGGUUCCUGGUGAUGCAGAGGACGUGGCUGGCAUCGUGGGUGACGAGGAACCAGAAGCAGAGGAUGAACCACCCUACAUGCUUAACGGAAUGCCGAGGCUGCCUUUCUUUCCAGAGAACAGGUUCCGUGGAGAGUUUGAGCCGAGGCACCACUGGCCAGAGCAAGGCAAUCGACUCAGGGAGGCUCCAGAAGAGGACCCAGCUGAGCCUGAAGAUGCGGGAGGACGGGUGGCUCCUGGGGCUGCAGGUCUGGCUGCAGUGGAGCGUCUGCAGAGAGCUGCUCAGCAAGAGGACCCCCGUGCCUCCCAGGGACAACCAUCACCCCCUAAAAAACCAUUCAGGACACCCAGCGUGCCGUCCCUAUGUGCCUUGGCCACCCGUGCCACUGUCCACCUCAUGACUGCUCCCAGCAUGCAGUACAGCAGCAGUCUGGCAGGCCUCACCCCGGAGCUCGCAGAGCUUCUGCUCAACCACAUGUCCCGUGAGAGGCUCCUGCGUCCACGCACCCUGGAGCUCUUCUUCGGCUGCCCGUUGCAGAAGUUUGUCCUAAACUGCUACCCUUACUCCACCAAUGAGCUCCUGCGGCAGUUACGCGCCUUCACAGCACUGAAGCACCUCAGCCUGGUCAACUCACCUCUCAUCACAGACUCUGGACUUUCAAUCCUGUCCAGCCUGGUCAAACUCCAGUACCUCAACCUGGCCUCCUGUAGCAAACUCACUGACUCCUGUCUGCAGCAAAUCACAGGUUUAAAGAGUCUGUGUUACCUGUCCCUGGACCAGACCAAAGUGACCGAUGCCGGGAUGGUACUUUAUCUCCAAUCGGCUCCAUCCUGCCUGUCUCAGCUGAGCCUGAACCAGACGGCUGUGACCGAAGCCACACUGGCUGUCCUUCCCACCUGUGUGCCACAACUACGUCUCCUCAGCAUCAAGCAGACAAAGGUAACGGACGUGUCAGCUUUGGCAGAGCUUUCCAGCCUGCAGACUCUCAACUUGGACGGGACAGGUGUGACCGAAAGCUCUCUGGAGCGCCUCGCCACCCACCCGGCCCUGUCAUCCUUAAGUUUGGCAGGAAUCCCCGUAGCAGAUGGCAACCAUGCUCUGCAGAUCAUCUCAGGUCUACGGUUGAUUCAGCUGACCCUGCCCGGACGACACUCUGUGACAGACAGUGGUUUGUCUUUCCUCUCCAGACUUGGUCUGUUGUCAGAGCUGGACCUGACAGACUACACACAGGUCACAGACCAGGGAGUCACCCAUCUCUCCACCAUGAACAGGUUGAAGAAGCUGUCACUCAGCAACACUCAGGUGACAGACACAGGGCUUCCCUCUCUGCGCGGCCUGCAGGACCUGCAGGAGCUCUGUUUGGACCGGACAGCGGUCACCAGCCGAGGGGUGGCCGAACUCAUCGUCUGUCUGCCACACCUCCAGGUGUUGGGGCUGGCCAGCACUCAGGUGGGAGACACAGUAGUGAGGCGAGGUCUGAUCCGCUGCAAUCACCUUGUGAAGCUUAACCUCAGUCGCACGCGGAUCACAGACCACGGUCUGAAGUUCCUCAAACACAUGCCUCUGGCUCAGGUGAACCUGGAUGGAACCGGUGUGAGUCUUAUCGGAAUUGCAAACCUCCUCUCUUUCACCAACAUCAGCAGCAUUCGGGCCAGCAACACUCGCAACAUUUCCCCCGAUGACGUCUCGGACGAGGAGUGGGAAGCCCAGUGAGGGGUCCAUACCUUGGUUUGGUCCUCAUGUACUUUACCUGAACGCACCUUGGACUGCUGCGGUCCCCUUCUAGCCCCCUUGAAACGUGCUGCUGCCAGGUUACUCUAACAGCAUUACUGAAACACUCCCUACCUGCUCUGUUUCAACUGCAGCUAGUGCCACUAAUCGUCAAUCAUGCACGCUUCUCGAUGAAACCUGUAACGAAAGCCUCGUGUUUUAAAAACCGGGCCAGUACCAACGUUUACAUAUAUUUAAAAUCAAUAUGUGUUAACCUGCAUAAACUACAGAACUUUGUUUGAGGACAUCUCCAACUACAGCUUUAAAGCUUUACCUGCAGCCUUAGAGGUUGGAGCUUCCUGCAUUCUGCUGUCAUGAACAUAUGAACUGACCGCCAUGUAGCUUUAACUACGGCAUGUUUAAUCAGACUUUGAAAACUAACGGACUGCUGCGCGUACAACCUCAAUAACAAAUUUACUGGAAAAAAACUACGAUCAAAAGCAUAUUUGAUUUGAAGGAUAAAAAGACAGAUGUCUUCCAUAUCACAUGAUGAUAGAUUAAGUAGCAGUAAAGUUUAUGUUGCCCCAGUGAUAAUCACCAUAGUUACGGUAAAUAUUUGGCACCAUUAAUUUCUAGUUUUUAUACAAGGAGCAAACACUCCUGCAGAUGAUGUCAGCUGCAUGUAAUACUCCAGAACAUUUACUUUCAGCUUAUGUCCGUCUGGUUUCAUAUCCAUAAAUAUCAAACGCAUGCUCGUCCUGCUGCCAUGACUUGAGUAUUUGCUCAAUUUUGGAUUUUUAGUCAAACUCAUUAUGUCAGUUUGUUUCAAAUACACGGCCAGAUGAUUUGGUUUUGUGGAGGUGUAAUGUUUUGGGAACACACCAUUUAGUUUGAAAUGUCUCUCACAGGUAAUUAGGUAAGUUAAAACACAACUUUUGAUCAGUGUAUCGUUGAAACUGGCUGAUUAAGAAAUUACUCAAACAUGAUUUUGUUGAUGGCGACAUUGGACAAAAAUUUUUCAACGUCAUGGUUGCAAAAUUGUGGCAAUGCGUCUGUGUUUUUUUGAUACCAUUCACAUUUGACAAGACCACAGCUUUAGUAGUACACAUUUUUAUAGCUUGUGAUGCCACCUGUAUGAAUGUUUGUUCUUUUAAGUGCGUCCUGGAGAUGCACUUGAUGCAUUAUUAGCAGUUGACAGUUGUUUUAGUUAUGCAAAAAACGGCCUGUUUUGUUAGUUCAGCCAUUUUCAGUUACAUAGAGGACUGGAUGACAAGUAUACAGAGAAGGUUUGCAGUCAUGGGGCUCACAUGCCAAAAUCCAAAGCAACUCUUUUAAUCAUUUCAACUUUGUCCUUGUUUACAGAGAUGUAAAAUAGUUUAUUUUCCCUAACAGUUUUUUGGAAAUGAACACUAUUCUUUAAGUUAAUAAAGUCUUGUAAACCUAAA